AUGCGUGUCGUUCCAAACGAGAAGUACCCAAUGAUCCCGCUCUCUAUCGGUGACCCCGCGGUGUAUGGCAACUUCGAUCCCUCCCCAAUCGCCGUUCAAGCUGUCAAAGACGUUCUUGACAACAACAAAGACAACGGCUACGGCCCAGCAGUCGGAAUACCGCUGGCGAGAAAAUCCAUCGCAGAGUAUCUGAAGCCUUUCUUCACUUACGAACCUGAUGUGAACAAUAUUUCCUUGGCGAAUGGAGCUUCCGGAGCGCUUGAAUUCGCUAUCACUUGUAUUGCUGAACGAGGAGACAACAUUCUUCUGCCAAGACCUGGAUUCCCACUUUACUCAGUUCUUGCCGAAGCUCAAGGGAUCAAAUGCAAAUACUACGAUCUCGAUCCUAACCGGGAUUGGGCAGUCGACUACGACAGUCUCGAAAACGCCAUCGAUGAGAAAACAUGCGCCGUCAUCUUCAUCAAUCCUUCCAACCCAACUGGCGCCGUUUUCAAGCAAAAUCACAUGGAGCGCCUGGUCGAGCUUUGCGAACAGUACAAGAUUCCAAUCAUCGCCGAUGAAAUCUACGCUGGAAUGACAUUCCACGACUCUCCUUUUGUUUCCUUUUGCCAGGUUGCUAAGAGGAUUCCCGUCAUUCAUGUUGGCGGUCUUGCUAAACGAUUCCUUGUCCCAGGCUGGAGAAUCGGAUGGUGUGUGGUCCACGAUCCGAUGAGCAUUUUCAAAGGAAGAUUGACGACCGGGAUUAAAAAGCUCGCCACACGCCUUGUUGGUCCAAAUAAGCUUAUUCAAGCGGCGAUUCCGAAAAUUCUAUCCAUCCCCGUCUCCUGGCACAACGAACAAAAUACGAAACUUGAAGAAGCUGCAGAUCUCUUCUACGAUGGAAUCAUGCAAGCUCCAGGACUCAUCCCAAUCAUGCCGUCGGGAGCGAUGUACAUGAUGGUCAAGAUUGAUUUCUCCCGACUGGAGAAUUUCUCCGACGACAUGCAUUUCUGCCAGACACUAGUGUCGGAAAAAUCCGUGUUUGUCCUCCCUGGAAGCUGCUUCGGCUUCCCAAACUUUUUCGAGUCGUUAUUACGAUCCCCAAGGAAAAAAUUCCAGAAGCUUGUCAACGAAUCGUCGACUUUUGCAACGAUAAUGUGA